AUGCAACGUAUUAUCAAGAAGAUGCGCUUGUACUCUAUUUUCCUCUUCGCGGUACGCUUAUCGGUGGCAGCAGAUAUCUUCGUUGAUCGACGAGGACAAGAUCACAAUACUGGGUCGGCUGGGAAGCCCGUCAAGAGUAUUAAAAAAGCACAAGAGCUUGUCCGUGGACUCAUUCCGUCCGCCAAAGAUGGCAUUACUGUACACCUUGGCCCAGGUACUUGGGUAAUCGACAAGCCCAUCAUGUUCAGGAAUGAAGACUCCGGUAUCAAUGGCUUCAAGGUAACAUGGGCAGGCUCGGAGACAGUUAUCUCUGGAGGAUAUGAGAUCAACAAUUGGACUGAAAGCGAUGACGGGAUAUGGUCUGCUUCAGUCCCCAAGGGAACGAAGUCCCGUAAUCUUUACGUAAACGGGUUAGCUGCUCAGUAUGCCAGACGGCAGAUCCAUAAUCGGACGGAUUUUGAGUACACGAAAGUCGGAAUGACCUGGAACAGCUCGGAGUACGACUGGAUCCUGGAAAUCCCAGGCAUUGAGAAUGGCGAGCUCCGGGCCAUAAACUCCUUUACCGAUCGUGUUGCGCUCAUCGAAAAGGUCGGAGAUCGCGUGCUUGAGAUGAAAAGGGAUAUAUGGGCUAACCAACUCAUUGGCUAUGACCAAAUCGCGGAGCCGUUUUGGGAUGGAGGCGUCUGGAUUCAGAAUGUUAAAGCCUUUCUCACUGACGGCGGACAAUUUUAUCUUGACAGAAACGAGUCAGCUGUCUAUUACAAGCCGUUAGAAGGCGAAAAUAUGGCUACCGCCUCUGCCUAUCUCGGAGUCGAAGAGGUUCUCCUAGUCAUCGGUGGAACCUAUGAAGAGCCGGUUCACGACUUACACUUUGAGGGAAUUACCUUCAAGCACAGCACGUGGCUCAGACCGGAUACUUACGGGUAUAUAGAUCAGCAGACCGGUGGUCAUAUGGGAAAUGAUAGUCUGUGGCCCAAUUUUGAAGCUUCAAGGCCCCAUUGGUGGCAGAUGCCUAGCGCGAUUCAAGUCAGUGCUGCAUACAACAUCACCAUAGAGUCUUGUACUUUUCGAGAGCUUGGAGCUGGAGGCAUCGGUGUUGGAAACGACAAGAACGCCCACUUGACGGGUGUUGGGCUCGGGGCAAAUAACAUUCACAUCGAUGACAAUUAUUUCACGCAGGUGAUGGGGAAUAGCAUCACUGUGGGAGGUAUACAAGCCGAUGCACACCACCCAUCGCAGCCGGAGAUGCUUGUGUCAGACAUCCACGCGUCCAACAACAUCUUCAAUAACAAUUCGGUCCUGUGGUCUUCCACUGUCCCUAUCCUUUUCACAUACACGCAAUACUCUUCCAUCACACACAAUGACAUUUAUAACCAGCCAUAUAGCGGUAUUUGUCAUGGCUUUGGCUGGGGAAGCAAUGAUGAAGGAGGUAGCCCGGAGUACGUCAAGCGAGGCCUUUAUAGAUACCAGCCGCUCUACGAUACACCCACCGUCAUGAAGAACAAUUUGAUUGAGGGAAAUUUGAUCCAUCAUUUUGGUCAAUCUCAUACUGACUUUGGGGGCGUAUACACGCUAUCACGGUCACCAAACACAACGGUGUCAUCCAACUUCAUCUAUGAUGCAGGGUGGCAAGCUCUGUACCCUGGCACAAAUAUCACCUGGUACAACAAUCUGGGUUUCACCUCGGGGAAGUAUUAUGCGCCAAACGAUUGGAUUCCAGAGCAGCUCACCGGAUGGAACACUGUGGUCGAUAACUGGGGUAAGCUCGGAGUUAAAGACAACGAGGUCCUAGAUGGCUUCCCAAACCAUUCCGGAAGACGUAACAACACGUUUCUACGUAACUACCUUGCACCCUAUGUCAAUGAAACAAGCCUUAUUGCACAGAAGGCUGCAUAUCGAGCGGGUGUUAUUCCGUCAAGACGCCAGGGAAGGCCUGUCACAAACGAUCCGGAUAUCGCGGAUGCCUACUUGGAUGUCAAAGUCAGCGAUGGACGUGUCGUUGUUAAUGUGACUAACUUUGACGAUGUGGACUUUAGAGACGUUGUUUUCCGUAUCUCAGGCCCCGGGGUCAUGUUCACAAGAGAGUCUACCCCUCGCUCAAUCCCGGCCGAUGGUUCUGCAGCAGCGGUGUAUACUUUCUCUGGUUCCCCAAAGGCGAACGCCACCGCUUGGGUCAGCUAUGUGAACCCGAGGACGCGAGCAUAUAGCAGAGAGAAGCAGUUUUCCGUCCCUAUGUAG